AUGUCAACCGGAGACCUACCAAUCCCGUCAGACCAACAGGCCACUCAAACAGAGGACGCAGAAGUCACCUCCUUGCUCACAACAGAGGAGGGCCAGACUCAGAAGAGGAUCGAGACCCAAGUUCCAGGUCGCACCAUAGCUACCUCGAAGAAGUCCAGGCUUUCAUCCAUAGCGGAGCGCCAACAAACCUCGUCGGAUCCAUCUGGAGAUGAACCAGCCGAAGAAGAGAGCAACGGCAAUCAAACCGAAAUAUUGGGGCUGUUGCGAGCUGCACCAGGCCAAAAAAAGGUGACAGGCCAAAAAAGAUCCAUAGAGGAGAUUGAAGACCCUUCCGAAGAGGAAGAACAGGCAGCGAUCCUCAAGAAAGCGAUGACCGCCCAAAGGAAAGGUGACAAUACGAGGGCGGAGAUGUUCUUCGACAUACUCGCAGAUUUGAAAGCAAAGUCCAAACCCAAGGCGAAAGUCGCGGUAACCUACUCCGAGGCAUUGAUCCCCCAAAAGUCCCUCGCGAUGGUUGGCAUCUCCUCGUCCGAACCACAGAUAAAAGAAGGUGGACUGUCCUUCUACGGGAAAGGGGUGAAUACCUUCCAAGACAUGGGCCUCCCCACGUUUUUCGACAAGAACAUGAAGGAGUUGAAAGGUCCACUGCCGCUGACCAUAUUCAACAAGAAGUGGCAAGACGCUGCCAUCCUCUUCCACGCGGACAAGAGAACGAAGUCAGAAGAGUCUUCUGAAACCAAAGACCGCUACUCAGGACUCAAAUUUCAGAGUGAGUGGGAACAGUCGUUCAGUGACUGGACGAUCAACCACCGGGCUUUCCACCUAGCCCUCCGAGACAUCUACAGAUUCCCCACUUUUGCCGGAUGGCUGCUCGAACACAAAGCAAACUGCGACCGGAUGCAAGCGAAGGAUGGCUUCAUGACGGCAUUGCGAUACGACAUCCAAUUGAGAACCAACGCAUUCGCCCACAGAGUCGUGAUAAACGGAGACCCAUCAGUGCCCGACAUCUCGGUCCUGCGAAUCGACAUCGCCGAAUCAGUUUACGCCGAAGCCCGUAACUUCGAUGAACUUGGCUUCAGAGAUACCAAUCCCUACGCACCUGGGGGGCCGAGAGCCCACUUAGACCCGCUCACCGGCCUGCCGAAACAAGGCAAACAACCGUUUGUGAAGAACUAUCAUACCCAGAACACGCCGUACCACAACCAGCAGAGCCAAUACGGCCACAACUUCCAACACCCACAACAUUUCCAACCCCAACAACCCCAGUACGGCCAUCCACACUACCAACAACCGCCCUACUACCAAAACCCGCCAGGUAAUCAGGGAGGCCCAAACGCUAGACAGCACGAGCAAAAGGCCCCGAGGAACGGUGGCUAUAAAGGGAAGAACUUCAUCCCCAACUACCAAGACCAACGCCGCGGGACAGGCCCCGCAACAAGCCAAAACAACGGCCAAAUGGUGUUAAGCAGCCAAUCGUAA